CUCAUUUGCGACCGUCUUCCUUGCAUCUUCCCUCCUCCUGCUAUUGUAGUGUACCCUUCUGCUCUCGGAUCAACAGUUUGGAAAUUGUACGCCGUCUAACAAGAUGCACAGUGACUUGAUGUUGGCAGCUGGUGAGGAAACAGGUAAGUUUGUUCGCGUUUCGCUCUUCGACGCUCAUGUUAUGUCCAUAUAUACGCGCUCGAAACAGAUCCUAUCGAAGUCAAGCAGGUAUCGCCUGAAGAAACGGUACCGCUUCGCCACACAGUACUCUGGCCGGACUAUCCGGUGUCGCACGUCCUACUGCCCGAGGACAACCAAGGGUUUCACUAUGGAGCUUCCUUCCGCACCGCGAAACCCAGUCGCCGUCAUCUCUAUCUUCAAGAUCGCUGCCUUCGACGUGAGAAGGGAAACCAAAGUUCCCGAAAAACAGCCCGCAUCCGCAGCCCGUUUCCGCAAAUUUGCCUGCGAGCCGUCUCAUCAAGGACGUGGCAUCGGCACAAGAUUACUGAAGCACGUCUUCGAGGUAGCUGCUAGCGACCUUGGGUGCGAUGUCAUUUGGUGCGAUGCGCGGCUUGCCACGGCGGAGUGGUACGAGCGGAGAGGGAUGUCCCGCUUCGGAGAGUUUCUACAAGGGAGACUACCGUACGUCCGUAUGAAAGCGUCUCUGAGCCACUAAGGAACACCUGAUGCGCUCACAGUACUGGAUGGCAAACCAGAGCGCGGACAACCAGUUGAUGUACCGUUGCCCCCCUUCCCUGACAGCCUGGCUAGUUCUCCAGAUUGUUUCCAUUUACGCAGGUCCGUACUGCCUAUGCUGUACGACAAGAUUGCGCACCCGGGUUUUCUGAGGGGACCGUACAUGUCUGCGAACGCGCUAUCCAUGACUAUCAGACGCUGAAAGACUCAUGGAUGUCAUGAACCUGCGCUGAAACCUCCGGAGAACAAGUUCCCGACGCCCCCGUAAACCCCA